GUCCAGCUGGUCAGUGAGCAGUGGAGCCCUUCCUCAGACCUGCUUCCACGGGGAUUUGCUGCCUGACUGGGAGAGAUGACUCUAGCCUGGAGACAUUUGCUGAGAGCUUUGUACCUGGAGACCUCAACUCCCAGGACUCCCAAGACACGCCCUUCCCCCAAAGCAGGUGCUUUCUGGACAUCUGUAACCAAGCUCGGUCUUCAUACAAAGCCCAGGAUGCCUCCGUGUGACUUCACACCUGAAAGAUACCAGUCCCUUGCCUAUGAUCGAGUCCUGGAGAUCCACAAGCAACAUCUUUCUCCUGUGCUGACAGCCUAUUUCUCAGAGCCCUUGUUGCUCCACCAGGGGCACAUGGAGUGGCUCUUUGAUUACGAAGGAAACAGAUACCUGGAUUUCUUUUCUGGGAUUGUCACUGUCAGUGUUGGUCACUGCCACCCGAAAGUAAACGCAGUGGCACAAAAGCAGCUUGGCCGCCUGUGGCACACAAGUGCCGUCUUCUUCCACCCUCCGAUCCACGAAUAUGCAGAGAAGCUUUCAGCGCUUCUUCCUGAGCCUCUGAAGGUCAUUUUCCUGUUGAACAGUGGCUCAGAAGCCAAUGACCUAGCCAUGCUGAUGGCCAGAGCACACUCAAAUAACACAGAUAUCAUUUCUUUCAGAGGAGCUUACCAUGGAUGCAGUCCUUACACACUUGGCUUGACAAAUGUAGGGUUCUACAAGAUGGGACUCCCCAGUGGGAUGGGCUGCCAAUCAACGAUGUGCCCAGAUGUUUUCUGUGGCCCUUGGGGAGGAAGCCACUGCCGAGAUUCUCCAGUGCAAACAAUUAGGAAAUGCAGCUGUGCACCAGACUGCUGCCAAGCUAAAGACCAGUAUAUUGAACAAUUCAAAGAUACUCUGAGCACUUCUGUGGCCAAAUCAAUUGCUGGAUUUUUUGCAGAGCCGAUUCAAGGGGUGAAUGGCGUUGUCCAGUACCCAAAGGGGUUUCUAAAGGAAGCCUUCGAGCUGGUGCGUGAGCGGGGAGGCGUGUGCGUCGCAGAUGAAGUGCAGACAGGAUUUGGAAGGUUGGGUUCUCACUUCUGGGGCUUCCAAACGCAUGGCGUCCUGCCGGAUAUUGUCACCAUGGCUAAAGGGAUUGGGAAUGGCUUUCCCAUGGCAGCAGUUGUGACAACUCCAGAGAUUGCCAAGUCUUUGGCUAAACGCCUGCUUCACUUCAAUACCUUCGGAGGGAACCCCAUGGCCUGCGCCAUUGGAUCAUCGGUGCUUGAGGUGAUUAAAGAAGAAAAUCUACAAGAAAACAGCCAGGAAGUUGGCACCUAUAUGUUACUGAAGUUUGCUAAGCUGCGGGAUGAAUUUGAAAUCGUUGGAGACGUCCGAGGCAAAGGCCUCAUGAUAGGAAUAGAGAUGGUGAAGGAUAAGACAAGCCGCCAGCCUCUUCCCCGUGAAGAAGUAAAUCAAAUCCACCAGGACUGCAAACGCAUGGGGCUUCUGAUUGGCCGGGGUGGCACUUUUUCUCAGGAAAAUCUUUUGGUGGAGGUGCCUUCAGGAAAAGGUUUCUUCAUCUCCGGAAGAGAUGUGUUCGUCUUGCAUUGAAGCAUCAGAUGUCACGGUAGGACUGCUCCAACCACCGUCAACCACUUUGCGGCCCUGAGGACAAAGCUUAUUUGCUGAGGUUGGAAGGUGGAGCGAAGCUGAAUCCUUAGUGAUGUCAAUGGGCAACUGAUCUAACCAAUCCUGGAGUCCCCUUACCUUGGGGCUUCUUGUUAUCUGAGAAAAUAAAUUCAGUGCAUUGCACAAGCCUUUUUCAUUUAAGUUUUCUCUUACUGCAGCCAUAAGCAUCCUGGGAAAUGAUGCAGAAAAUACCCCACGUAGAUAACUGUCCUCUCCUUUAACUCCCCUAAAAUGUCUGUCAGAGCCUCCUUUGUUUCCACUGCCAUCAUCCCAUCCUGGACUAAAUUCUCAUUACUCCUAUUAUAAUAGUCUCCAAGACCAGAAGUUCCCAAACUUUAUAGUCAUUAGAAUGCACAUUCAUAGUGCUUCUUUCCCAUAUGUAUGCACUAUUUGUCUUAAAAUUGACUUAAUAUUUUUCCUUAAUCUGACAUUUUUCACUUAGA